AUGUAUCAACAUUAUACGGUAUCUGCAACAGCAACCAGUUGCUACCAUAUGUUGGCGCCACGGGUUACCCCCCUGCCGCAUCGCACCACCGCGGUGAUCCCCGCAGUCGCGAUCCCCUGCGACCCAUGCGACCGGCGUGGGUCGCAUGCAAGCCGAUCAGCCGACUCGCAUGUGAGGAACUCGCUGUCGUGCGACCGAAUGUUCAGAUCCGCCGCAACCGCGGCCGUCGCAGAACCUAGAGGGCCAUCGAAUAGCCGCGCCGCCGGGUAUACCGCACGCGCUACAGUCUUUCCUUCACGGAUCCAUUCCACGCGGUUCCUCCCAAUGGGAAGCGCGCAAGAUUUCUUUAGGACCUCGCCCUCCCCUCACCGACUAGCCGCUUCCGCCGCGAGCGGUGCAAGCCAAGCCUCGGGCGGAUCUGAGCCGUCCGUAGCGGCUCAGAUCCGCGAGAUCGGGGAAGAGGAGCCCGGCGGGAACUUGCGCGGAAGGUUCCUGCAGGAUGACGUGGGUCCGAACCAGGUGGUUCUCGAGGCGCAGGCGCGCGUAUGCACGGGACCCACGCAGACCCGGCCGCUGGGCGAGGAGGAGAUGCGGCGCGUGUUGGAGCAGAUCUUUCUCUCAGCUAAGGGGGAACUCCCCCCAUCAGAGCGUGUCUCACGCGCGCAGAUGGGCGCGUUCUUCGCGGGCAUGACAGUGCGCGCCAACUGCUUCCCCCCCGCCACGCAGUGGAGUGAGGGGGAGAGGCGCGCGCUGGAUGACAUGUGGCCCGCCCUCAGAUACCACCUCCCCCGAGACGUGCUCUUCCUUGCCGACCCUCAGGGAUCUAUUUUCAAUGAUGCGCUCCCUGUGGGCCCCACCUUUCUCGGGCAUGGGUCAGAGCAGGAGGAUCAGGUGGUUGGGGAUCUCAGGGACAUUCUGUUUGGCGUGCACCUUGGCUUCCAGGAAACCAUGUCUCUGCUGCAAAACCUGCUGCCCAUGAGGGGCGGAGAUGCGGAGGGAGCAGGGGCAGUGAGCGAUGCGCUAGUGGCGGCAUAUUUGAUCGCUGUGCGCAUGAACCGAGAGACCGACAGAGAGCUCAAGGCGUUCUGCCUGGCUUUUGAUCAGGAGCUGGGUCCAGCGCCAAUCGCAAGAGUACCCUCACUGACCCACUACGGAGACCCCUACGACGGCAGCACACGUUACUUCCACCCGACGCUCUUCGUGGCAGCGGUCAGGGCGAGCUGUGGAGAGGCGUGCCUGCUGCAUGGGGUGGACGCGUUUCCUCCCAAGUUUGGAGCCACAGAAGAGGCAAUGCUGGGGCUGCUGGGGACCAACACCAGCCUGUCGCCCUCACAAGCUGCCUCCAUCUUGGAGGACCCUCAGGUCCACAUGGCCUAUCUCAGCCUCAGGGACUGCUCUCCCUCAUGCUACUCAUUGGUGGAUAUGCGGAGGCACAUCAAGAAGCGUCCAACAUUUGCCACCACAGAGAAAGUGCAGCGUUACAUACAUGCAUCAGGGCGAGAGGCCAUGGUGGCAGGAUUUUACCACGAAGGGUAUGAGGAACCACUGCUCAUGCUCAUGAGGAGGCAGCCCGUGGAAGCAGGGCUCGUGGUGAAGGGCGAGGAGGGAUCCCUAGCUCUCAUGACCCGCCGCCCCGCCCCGGAUGCUGCCAAAAAAGGCCGGCCGGUGAACUACUGCGCGGGUUUCCGGCCGGGGAACAGCGGGAGUGGAUGGGCGGGGAGGGGAGAGGGGAAGGGAGAGGGGACGGGAGGGGGGAGGGGAGCGGGGGAAGGGGAGGAGAGUGAGCGUGGAGGGAGGAAGGAUGGGUUCUACCGCGAGACGUUUUCGAUGGAGGCUGAUGCUGUGGCUGUUGGGAUGCAAGAGACGCUCACACCAAGGAUCGACCGAUCGCCCCGGAAGAAUCUAGACAUAGGCCUGGAAGCACUGAGAGGAGUGAAAGGGCCGGCAUACGACAGGAUAGUGUUCAAUGCAGCGGUGCAGGAUCACCUAUUGGGGUGGGGGGGGGGAGCGAUUGGGCUGGAAGCAGCGGUGGAGAGGGCGAGAGAGGCAGUGGAUAGUGGGCGGGCGAUGAGGCACCUCAUGGGGUAUGUGGAGCGCAGCCAGCAGAUGCGGUGA